AUGUUUGGUCUCCCACAAUCAACAUUUUAUCAUCCGUCGUUUAUGUAUCUAUCAUCACAAGAUAUAGUUAAAGCACAUAAUUUAACAAAUACAUCUGAUGGAAAACGAAAACAUUUUGGAAAAUGUCAAACUAUAACUAAAACAUUUUCUAGCAAUAAUUCAGAUCGUCCGGUGAAAAAAUGUUCAUUUGAUAUUGAAUCACUUUUAGAAUUAAAAACAAAAGAUAAUCAAAUAUCAAAUCGAAGUUAUAAUGAUGAUACUGAAGAUGGUUCAAGUGAUGAUGGUCAUACAUCAUAUCGUAGUCCACCAAUAUCAUCUUAUGCUUUAUUUAAUCAACUGAAAACACUUGACAUGACGCCAAAUAAUAAUAAUCAUAAUAAUAAUAAUAAUAACAAUAAAAAUGAUGUUACACUUUCAUCAUCAUCUGAAUCUGAUCAUUCUCCAUAUCGAUUAACAUCAAAUAAACAUCUAAACAAUUCUCGUCAUGGAAUUAAUCAUAAAAUAAAACCAAAACGUAUUCGUACAAUAUUUACACCUGAACAACUUGAAAGACUUGAAUCAGAAUUUGAUAAACAACAAUAUAUGGUUGGAAAUGAAAGAUUUUAUUUAGCAACAACACUUGAUUUAACUGAAGCACAAGUUAAAGUUUGGUUUCAAAAUCGUCGUAUUAAAUGGCGUCGUCAAACAUUAGAUGAUCAUCAACAACGAUUGACAUCUCUUACUGCUAAUACACAAACACCAACGACAAUAACGGAAGAACAUCAUAAUUCAGACGUUGAUGAAUAA